AUGCCCCCUUACUUCAGACCUGUUGAGACAGAUAAGCCUUGUUCAAUGCUUCAGACCUAUUAAUAUUUCGCGUAUUGUGGUGACAAUCGCUGUCACGUGUAUACGACGAUUGAGGCCUUUGUUUACAAAUAUAGAAAAUAUAUUUCAUAACAUCAAAUUAUUCAGAAUCGGGGCCAAAUAUUUGUUCUGAUCUUUAACUUCCCAAACUCAACUAAAUCGACAUGAAUUUCUUACGAAAUGUGCGUAGUUCUCUAUCCGGUUGGUUUCCUCAAAGGGACGCUAUCAUGGAAACCCCAACAGGCUUAGGGGACAUUUACUUUGAAUUGAUAGUAAAAACGCUGUCCUGGAACACCCGCUAUACACUGCACACGCUCGUCUUCUGGCUGGAAUUCCACAUAUUGAUGUUACUUAAAGCUUUCAACACUCUUGGGUGUUUCUUUUUCGUCCUGAUGGUGUUUUUUAUUGUCGACUUCCUAUACAGACCCGUUUUUGCGGCGCAAUACACCGGCCAAUAUUCAGACGAUUUAAAAAGGCUGAAACGGUGUUGCAUGAGUGGGUUUGGAAGCAUGAGACAUAAAGCAGCAAUCCUGUUUUACCCAGUGAUUAGUGGGCUCCUGUGGGGGUUGGCAGUCAUUUCGACGAAAGUGUCAGGCCUGGCUCUGUCUCUAGGAUUCAUUCUUUGCAUAUACACUUUGCCCCUGCUGGUGAAGAGGCUUCCAAAAACCGUUUACGACUAUCUGGAAAGUUGUUACAGGAGUUUAGGAGCAUCGACUUCCGCCGUUGCUGAAGACGAGUUGUUUCCCUAUUGGCUGAACAGUAAAGAGGACCCAGAGUUUGAGAGUUUGGGUGUUGAACAAACUGCAGAUUUGUUCACGUCCUCAAUGCCCUCGUAUCUGGAAGUAGCAGAACCAUCGCUGGUAAUCCAAGAAGAGGACUUGAUGCCGCAUUCCUCAAAGUCGGGCAUGUCGAUCACCCCCGUUGAAAUUUCAAGCGACUCUGAUUCCGAAACAAAAGGCAUCGAGUUUCAAAGCGAGCACUUCAGCUCCAGCUCAUCGGAAGAAGAUCAGUUUCUGGUACAAAACACAAGAACAAACCCUCUGGUCCAAAGAAGUGAAAGUGACUCGGACUAUGAUAUUAUAGAUCCCGAUGAGGUGUCGAGUUUAAAUGCGUAAACCGAUCCACUUUUAUUGGAAUCCUAGUCACUAACAGGAUCUUCUUGAAACACAAGGCGAGUGUGGUGCAAAGGGGAUGCCGUUCACGGACAACUUUAGCCUAUUUCCUAGUAAUAAUUCAACAUAAUACUUCACAUUGUGCUUUUUUAUCUCGCAUUAUCCUGCAAAAAAGGUGAAAACUAUAUGAAAAUAUUUAUAUCACUCCUUCAAUGCAAAAAGUUGUUGGUACGAUGAUAAAAGUCCACCAGUCCCCAGUUAGUUUUAAGUUCAAAGGCUGUUAUUUUCUGCUACUUAAUUCUUAGGUCUAAGAGUCAGUGUAGUAGUUACCUUGUGUUUUAGGGCAGUAGGAUAAUGGAGCAUAAGUAUACGUAGAUUAAGUAAAAUGUAUAUUUUGAAAACGGCCCGUUUCUUAAUAUAAUCAUAUCAAAUAUU